ACCUGCUUCGUUAACGUUUGUGCCGGGCAUUUCAAGCCUUCAUCGGGUAGCCCAUGACGAUUUCAUACAAGCAAAGGUCAACAACUCUACCCUAAUUCCUUUGUUCCGAUAUCCAUUGGAGCUUGCUUGCUCCUCUCCUCAGCAAUGCUGAGCCUUUUGGCAGGGGUCAUGUUGCGGGCUUUUGGAGUAGCUCUUUGCGUCAGUACCAUGCCAGCCUUGGCUGCUCGUUCCUCGACGUUCGCUGAUACCCUCACUUGCUACGUCGUGCCAGCUUCAAAAGUGUCGUCAGUCAUCGUGUUGAUGACAUCCACUGCUCGCAUUACGCCGCAAAUUCUAAGUGGUGAAAGUACAUCGACUUACUUGGCGAAGGAGAGAUAUCAUGUGGCAACGUCUAACAGAUCACCAAUCCCGGAGGCGACCAGUACUUCGAAAUACGGAAUACACCAAUCUACCAAUGAUCGCUGGGGAAACGCCCGGCGCACAUUCGAUCACAGUCAGAGCACAAUCUGUGUAAAGUCACAAGCUUCGGAUGAUGUAUCUUACACCAAAGUGAACAUUGAUGCCACGGUUACGGCGACCCCUGUGAGAUCCGUCGUUCCGCUCUUUACGCUUGCAGCCAAUACAUCCACGAACAAUAUCACGACGACUGGGACAUCUGCAUCAGCGUCCACGGCUGUAACGACGAAAAAACACUCUGAGUAAGCAUCCACAUUAGUCUUUUUCUUUCAGUCUAUACCGAAUCGACUCUUUAGACGAAACAUAGUUAGCCGCGCUGUAGGAGGGGCUG